GCGCUCGGUCCCACAAGUGGUUCCUCCCCGCGGCCGAGUGAUUUCUCCUGGGAAGAGCCGAGCGGCCGGAGGUUCCCCGGGAGCGGCGGGGAAGAAGGAAGGGGACCGGACUGCCCCGGAGGGUUGCCUGGCUUCGCCGGGUUGUCCCUACGGGUGCGGGGGUAGAAGGGAGCGGCGCGCCAUGCUGCCGGCGGCAGACACCGAAGGAGGCUGUGCUCGUCUGCCCGCCUCCGGCAGCCUCCGCUAGAGCCCCGGAGGGGGGGAACCCCUCUCCUCUCACCCCUCCAGCAGCUCGGCGGGACCGUACCGGGGGUGGCCGGUGCAGCAUGGCAUCCGCCUAACCCCAACCAGCGCGACAGAGCCCCGCGGCGGCAGCGGCUGCCCCCACGCCGGGAUGAGUGACAGCGGCGAGGGGAUCGUCAGCUUGUCGGUGCCCGGCCCCGCCGGCGAGGAGACGCCGGGCAGGCGGGCGCAAGGAGCCGAAACCGGUGCCCGCAGCCUCCUCUCCGACUUGGCCGGGCCGCCGGCCGGUCCCCUGUGGGCUGAAGACGGAGCCGCCGCCGCCGCCGGUGUUUGCCCGGGCAUCGCAUCGCGGGCCAAGGGUGGCGGCCGUCGAACGGCAGUCACCUACGUGAUCAACGAGGCGAGCCAGGGGCCGCUGCUGGCGGCGGAGAGCGGCGCCCUGCAGAGCCUGCGGGAGGCGUGCGAGGUGGUGGGGGCCGCCUUGGAGACCCUCCACUUCGGCAAGCUGGACUUCGGCGAGACGGCGGUGCUGGACCGCUUCUACAACGCAGAUAUUGCUGUCGUAGAGAUGAGUGACGCCUUCCGUCAGCCGUCCCUCUUCUACCACCUGGGAGUAAGGGAGAGCUUCAGCAUGGCGAACAACAUCAUCCUCUACUGCGACACGAACGCGGACUCUCUGCAGUCCCUGAAGGAAAUUAUUUGCCAGAAGAAUAAUAUGUGCACUGGUAACUACAUAUUCGUUCCCUAUAUGAUAACUCCGCAUAACAAGGUGUACUGCUGCGACAGCAGUUUCAUGAAGGGGCUCACAGAACUGAUGCAGCCCAGCUUUGAGUCCCUCCUCGGGCCCAUCUGCUUACCUCUGGUGGAUCGAUUUAUUCAGCUCUUGAAGGUGGCACAGGCCAGCUCAAGCCAGUAUUUCCGGGAAUCCAUCCUCAACGACAUCAGGAAGGCCCGUACCCUCUACACGGGCAAAGAGCUGGCGGCGGAGCUGGCAAGGAUUCGGCAGCGGGUGGAUAACGUGGAGGUCUUGUCUGCUGACAUCGUCAUAAACUUGCUGCUGUCCUACAGAGACAUCCAGGAUUACGAUUCCAUCGUGAAACUGGUGAAAACUUUAGAAAAACUGCCUACUUUUGACUUGGCUUCUCACCACCACGUGAGGUUUCAUUACGCGUUUGCGCUGAACAGGCGAAAUCUGCCUGGAGACAGACAGAAAGCUCUAGAAAUUAUGAUUCCCCUGGUAGAACAGGAAGACCAAGUAGCUUCAGAUAUGUACUGCCUGGUUGGUCGAAUUUACAAGGACAUGUUUUUGGAAUCUGGGUUCAUAGAUACAGAAAGCAGGGACAAAGGGACGUUCUGGUUCAAGAAGGCGUUUGAGUCGGAGCCAACGUUACAAUCAGGAAUUAAUUAUGCAGUUCUCCUCCUGGCAGCUGGACAUUGCUUUGAUACUUCUUUUGAGCUGCGGAAAGUUGGAGUAAAGAUCAGCAGCCUGCUUGGUAAAAAGGGCAGCCUGGAGAAACUGCAGAGCUAUUGGGAAGUGGGAUCUUUCUUGGGGGCCAGUAUGUUGGCUAAUGACCAUAUAAGAGUGAUCCAGGCUUCCGAAAAGCUGUUUAAGCUAAAGGCACCAGCAUGGUACCUGAAGUCUAUUGUAGAGACUAUUUUGAUAUAUCAGCAUUUUAAGAAGCUGACUCCGGAACAACAUACGGCCAAACAGGAACUGGUGGACUUCUGGAUGGACUUCCUUGUUGAAGCCACAAAGACAGACGUGUCUGUAGUUCGAUUUCCAGUCUUAAUAUUAGAACCAACAAAAAUCUAUCAGCCCUCAUAUCUCUCCAUCAACAGUGAAGCCGAGGAGAAGACUGUAUCUAUCUGGCACGUGCUGCCUGAUGACAAGAAAGGUAUCCAUGAGUGGAACUUCAGUGCUGCUUCCAUCAGGGGAGUAAGCAUCUCCAAGUUUGAAGAACGAUGCUGUUUCCUCUACGUGCUGCACAACUCAGAUGACUUCCAAAUCUACUUCUGCACGGAACUUCAUUGCCGAAGGUUUUUUGACAUGGUGAACAGUAUCACGGAGGAAAUAGGGAAGACCACAGAGGAAGGGGAAUGUGAUGGAGACUCUCUAGAGUAUGACUACGAAUAUGAUGAGAACGGCGAGCGAGUCGUCCUGGGGAAAGGAACUUACGGCAUCGUAUACGCAGGGCGAGAUUUGAGCAACCAAGUCAGAAUUGCAAUUAAAGAAAUCCCAGAGAGAGACAGCAGGUACUCGCAACCUCUGCACGAAGAAAUAGCUUUGCAUAAGCAUCUCAAACACAAGAACAUUGUCCAGUAUUUGGGUUCUCUGAGUGAGAAUGGCUUCAUUAAGAUAUUCAUGGAGCAAGUUCCAGGGGGCAGCCUUUCUGCUCUUCUACGAUCAAAGUGGGGACCAUUAAAAAAUAACGAGCAGACAAUCGGAUUUUACACCAAGCAGAUUCUUGAAGGAUUAAAAUACCUCCAUGAUAAUCAGAUAGUGCAUCGAGACAUAAAGGGUGAUAAUGUGCUUAUCAACACGUACAGUGGAGUGUUAAAGAUUUCGGACUUUGGAACUUCAAAGAGACUUGCAGGAAUCAACCCCUGUACUGAGACUUUCACUGGUACCCUUCAGUACAUGGCACCGGAGAUCAUAGACAAAGGGCCACGUGGCUACGGGAAGGCUGCAGACAUCUGGUCUCUGGGAUGCACCAUCAUUGAGAUGGCUACAGGGAAGCCCCCGUUUUAUGAACUGGGAGAACCUCAAGCCGCUAUGUUUAAGGUGGGAAUGUUUAAAAUACACCCAGAGAUUCCUGAAUCCAUGUCUGCAGAAGCCAAGGCUUUCAUAUUGCGAUGCUUUGAACCAGACCCCGACAAACGAGCUUUUGCUCACGAUCUACUUAUAGAUGAAUUCCUGAAGGUUUCAAGCAAAAAAAGGAAGUCCCCAUCAAAGCUCUCAGUUCUUUCAGCCAACACAAACGAGUAUCUUCGGAGUAUAUCCUUACCUGUCCCUGUGCUGGUGGAAGAUACAAGUAGCAGCAGUGAAUAUGGCUCUGUCUCACCUGAUACAGAAUUAAAAAUUGAUCCAUUCUCUUUCAAAACAAGAGCCAAAUCCUGCGGAGAGAAAGAUGGGAAGGGGAUCCGGUCUCUUUUUCUGAGCAUCCCAGAUGAACACUUUGAGGAUCACAGUGCACCUCCUUCCCCUGAAGAGAAAGAUUCUGGGUUUUUCAUGCUGAAGAAGGAUAGUGAAAGGAGAGCCACCCUUCACAGGAUAUUAACUGAGGACCAAGAGAAGGUGGUGAGAAACUUGAUGGAAGCUUUGGCUCAGGGAGCUGAAGAACCCAAACUAAAAUGGGAACAUAUCACCACGCUUGUUUCCAGCCUCCGAGAGUUCGUACGGUCCACUGAUCGCAAAAUCAUCGCAAACACUCUGUCAAAGCUGAAGCUGGAGUUAGACUUCGACAGCCACGGUAUCAGUCAAGUGCAGCUCGUGCUCUUCGGCUUUCAAGAUGCUGUCAAUAAAGUUCUCCGAAAUCAUAACAUCAAGCCACACUGGAUGUUUGCAUUGGACAGCAUCAUCAGAAAAGCUGUGCAGACUGCUAUCACCAUUCUGGUCCCAGAAUUGAGGCCACAUUUUAGUCUUGCAUCUGAGAGUGAUACAGCGGAUCAAGACGAUAUAGAAGUGGAAGAAGAUCAAGAUGAACAGCCUCAGAAUCAAACGAUCCGGCAGCCUUGCAUCGUGAUGGAAGAUGCAGUAGCUACCUCAGGUGUCAGCACGCUCAGCUCGACGGUGUCCCACGACUCCCAGGCUGCUCACAGGUCACUGAGUGUCCAGCUGGGCAGGCUGAAAUUAGAGACAAACAGGUUAUUGGAGGAGUUGGUUCAAAAGGAGAGAGAAUUUCAAGUCCUCUUACAUCAAGCUAUAGAAGAAAAAGAUCAAGAGAUCCGAAACCUGCGGCUUAGGUCACAGCCAAUAGAUAUUCCUGGGUUGUCUGUGUGUCACCGUCAUCCCGCCGGCGCGGGGACCGAAGACCCUGAUCUCAUCAACUGGCUGAGCCUUCACGGGGCUGAUGAGGCCACUAUCAACAAGUUCUUGGCUGAAGACUAUACGUUAAUGGAUGUUCUCUGCUAUGUUACACGAGAUGACCUGAAAUGUUUGAGACUGAGGGGAGGAAUGCUAUGCACGCUCUGGAAGGCCAUCACUGACUUCAGAGAGAAACAACCCUGACACUGAAUUUUUUUUUUUUCUUCACUUCUCUGCAGAGAGGAAGAGUUUUCCUUUCAGCAGGGAGCAGGUGUGCUGUCAGAAGGACUGUUGCACUUUAAUCCAGUAUUUGUUUACCAAUGUUAAAAACACUGCAGCUUCCUGACUGCUUUUACUCCUAUAAUCCAUAAGGAAUCUGUAAACAACCUGCAACCUUAUUUUACUUUCAAUGUUUUUACAUGCAAGUUUUUCAAAAAUUAAAAAACAAACAAACAAACAACCACACCAAAAAAACUAUCAUGAACUCAUGAAAUACUGCAGUUAAAGUAAACAGAUGUUAAUUUCAUGAAAAACUGAUGUAAGAUUUCAUGUGACUGUACAUCACUGGAACAAAACCAAAAUGUGACGACAACUUUUCAAGUUUCUUUUUCUUUGUAACAUAUCUCAAUAAUCUGUAGUAGAACUUCAUAAUUUCAAUCAUAAGUAGGUAUUUUUCUUUUAGUGUGCAAGACCUACAGGUAAUUGUUUUUACCUGCUGCCCUACAUAGUUCAAUAUUGUUUAUUUUUGGUAAUUUAAGUUCUAUGGUGCAUUUGUUUUAGAGUUGUUUAUGUACUACUGAACUGUACCAGUUGCAUACACCUGAACCACAGUAAUGUUAGCUUGUUCUAAAGCUAUCUCUGACAUACACAGUUGAAAAUAAAAAGAACCUAAGACUGA